GAACGUGAAGCAAACUGUGGUCGAGGCCAUAUUGCGAAGUUUCCUAGUCUCACACGAGAUACCCACCUGAAUAGCAACCUCUGAAGGUACAGUCUGCACAAUGCAGUUCGCAAACGUCGAAGACGAGUACCGGAAGAAUAAAGAUUUGCACGAGAGCGACCUGAAAUCUCUCCAAGAAUGGAUUCAGAAGCAACCGCACCUUCCGCCAGUAUCCGAUUUAAAGUUGGCCGUAUUUCUCCACAGCUGCCAUUGGAGCUUGGAGCAGACCAAGACCACUAUUGAAAAGUUCUUGACCUACAGAGGCGCGUGGCCCGAUUUCUUCGCGAAUCGCAAUCCGAACGAUCCCAGCGUGAGGACCCACAUGGGCGUCUCGCUAUGCACCUUUUUCCCGAAAACUCGACAGAAUUGCAAUAUUGUUUUCUACAAGCUGAUGGACUUGACCGUCGAUAACUUUUGCUCGAAGGCGGAGUUUAAGGUGCUGGACAUGUGCAUAAUGUUGGAGAUGGCGAGAAAGGGUUCGCUCGAUGAUUUUAUGCUGGUCGCAGACAUGAGUGAUGUUAGCAUGGGGCACGCUUUAAAGAUUGAAAUUACGGCGACGAGAAGGAUUAUGUUGUACUUGCAGGGGGCGCUGCCUGUGCGUCUCAAAGCUCUCCACUUCAUUGUCAAGGCAGGAUUGAUUAACCUGAUCAUGCCCCUGUUCAAGCCUUUCAUGAAGAAGGAGCUCGCGGAUUUGUUGCACUUCCACGACUCUUACGAGGCUUUGUCCAAGUUUCUACCGCUAGAAUCACUCCCCGCUGACGUAGGAGGCAAAGGCCCCACCACCAAGGAGUUGCACGAAAACAUGCACAAAUUGUACACUGAGUAUGCGGACUUUUUUGUAGAAGAAGAGGGUUUUGUUUCAAAAGAAGAUUUUCGCGACUCCCGACCGUCUUAUAUGGAUGAAGAUUUGGGAAUCGGUACGGAUGGAUCGUUCAAAAAGCUCGAUAUUGAUUAAAUAAAGGCGUCGUCAAUUG